GGCCUGUGUGCGUCCAUUCGCUCUCAAGGUUCUUCUUCGGCGCCGUUUCUCCUCCUAGUAUCAUGUCACGCUCUGUCUGUGCUACCCAUUUGAAGUAUUGCAGCAAGUUGAUAUGCUCUGUGCGAAGCAUUUCCAGUAGUCAACCUCGAAUGGUAAGUACGCCUGCAUGACUCGCGAACUUGCUUAUAGGGUCUGAAAGACAUUCUUUCUGAUCUUAUCCCGAAAGAGCAAGCUAGGGUUGCUGCUUUCCGGAAAGAAUAUGGAUCCACAAAAAUAGGGGAAGUAACUAUUGAUAUGGUAUGUGAUUCUUUGCUAUAAUAAGGCUCCUAGAUGUAUGGUGGCAUGCGCGGAAUCAAAGGGCUUGUUACUGAAACAUCCGUCCUUGAUCCCAACGAAGGCAUACGGUUCAGGGGCCUGUCCAUCCCGGAAUGUCAGAAAAGACUACCGCGUGCAGUUAAAGAUGGCGAACCAUUACCCGAGGGCAUAUACUUCCUACUUUUAACGGGCCAGGUCCCAACGAAGGACCAGGUGGAUGAAAUAUCUAGAGAGCUUGCGAAUCGCGCCGACUUACCACCACAUGUUGCCAAAAUGCUGGAUAAUUUCCCCUCUUCCUUGCACCCCAUGAGUCAGUUUGCUUCCGCAUGUGCUGCGCUCAACUCUGAAUCAAAGUUUGCCAAGGCUUAUCACGAGGGCGUAAAGAAAGCCUUGUACUGGGAGAAAAGACAGAUUCUCUCUGGUUACCCACCCAACUGGGCCUAUUUUCAUAUGCGGAUUGAAGAGAAAGUGCUCGAGGAAUGGGAUACAUCCUCAAUCAACCCUCUUCCCAAGAAAGGUACGCCUGAAUCAUUAUGGGACGUUUGUGGUAACUGUGACAUCGAAGAUGUUCCGGUUUCAUUGUUUGAAGAUUUGCUGAAUGCAGAUCCAUGA